AUGACUGUGAGUGUACCUCGAGAGAUUGAAGUGACCCUAGGGAAAGGAGUAUCUGCAACCUUAACAGUUCCACAUUCGGCUGAUUUUGAAAAUCCAUACGAAAAGAACUAUGCUCCUACAACGAAUAAAGCAGCUAUAAUUCUACAUGGACAAGGAGGACAUAGGAAUUAUUGCUAUCAGAAAUUGUUGGCUCAUAAAUUAGCUUCCGACUUGGGGAUUUACUCGUUAAGAAUAGAUUUUAGAGGGUGUGGAAGUUCAGCCGAUAAUGCAGAUGAAAAAGUAGCCAGAAUUAUACAACAAGACAUUGAAGAUAUACAAGCGAGUGCUGAGUUUAUGUUAGAUCCCACGCAGAAUCCUUUGGGUAUGAGAUUCAUGGUAUCGUCAAUGAUAGGGCACUCCAGAGGAGGUGUAGCUAUGUUCUUGUGGGCCUUAGAACAGGAUAGGAUCUUGAAAUCUUCCAAUCCAUCCAAAGCGAUUGUUAUUCCUAACCUCAUCAACUGUUCUGCCAGAUAUAGAUCAGAAACAGUUUAUGAACGAUAUCCAGAAGGUUUUGAAGGGGCGUAUCUUCGGAGUUUAAGACAUGGACAAAUUCAGAAGGUUUAUGUUUCAAAGAACGAAAUUGACUCUUUGGCUGCCCCUGAUAUGUCAGCUCUUCGUGAUUUAUCAACGGAUUUUUCUGUUUUAAGUAUAUAUGGCUUGGAAGAUAGGAUUAUUCCUGUUAAUGAUGGUUCAUUCUACGCAAAUGUAUUAAACAGGGGACCCUAUUCACAUCAUUUGGAGCUAAUCCCGUUUGCUGAUCAUAACUUUUAUGGUAUCGAAGCAAUUGAGACAGACGAUGAUGCAGAGGAAUACAAUCCUCAAAAUCUACCAUUGAAUAAUAAAAAGUUGGUAAACUUUAAUGUGAUGGUUACUUCUCUUGUCGUAGAUUACUUAAAACCUGAAAAUGAAUUGAAUAGGUUCUUAUACCGCAGUUUCAAUGUUGGGUACAUCCCAAGAUGGAAGCAAAUCGAGGGCAUUUCCAAUUUUAGAGAUAUCGGAGCAUGGAGGAUUAACAAUCCUACGUUCCGCUUACCAAACUAUGAUAAUGAAUCACAUUACUAUGUUAGACCUCACAUAGCUUUUCGUUGUGCAAAUACCGCUGAUAUUACAGAAACAGGUUUGAAAGAACUUAAAAAGCUAAAUGUCAAGGCUAUGUUUGAUUUUAGAUCGUCAAUAGAGAUUGAUAAUGAUGGUUCUCCACAGAACUUAGAGAAGCAUGGAAUUAAAAGAAUACAUGCUCCAGUUUUUAGUGAAACUGAUUAUUCACCGGAAGUUAUUGCUAUUAGAUAUACUAAUUUAAUGACUAGUUGGUAUACGUAUGUUAACGUCUAUGAGGAUAUUUUAGAAAAUGGCACUAGUGCUUUUAGACAGGUGUUUGAAUUCAUUCGAGAUGAAGUUCCCGCCUCGAGCUUUGUUUUCCACUGUACUGCUGGUAAAGAUCGUACCGGAGUUUUAAGUAUGCUUAUAUUGUUAUUUCUUGGGGUGGACAAGCACACUAUUGCCAAGGAAUAUGAAUUGACUACAGUGGGACUUAAGAAAGAACAUGCAUCUAUUAGAGAUAAAUUUGUAAAGACUUUAGAAAAGUUUCAAGCUAAAAUGGAGAAUGUUGAAGAUGUUGCACAAAUUAUUGCACAAGGAAGAAAAGGCUGGAAGAUCGAAGAAGACGGGUUUGAAAACUUAAUUAGCUCGAGGUACGAAGCAAUGCUUGCUACCAUUGAAUUAUUCAAUGAAAAAUAUGGCAGCAUUAUUAACUAUAUGAAAAACGAGUUGAAAUUUGAGGACUCGGAUCUUCGUAAGAUUUACGAAAACUUAGUAUAUGUAUCCGAAAUCAACAAACCUGAACCAGAUCCUAUGUUUAAUUUGGUUGAAUUUGCUCCAAAACUAUAA